AUGACAUCAAAAGAAUUGGAAAGAGUUGAAAGUAUACGACGAAAUCCAUUACCAGCUGAAAAUUUAUCAUUACCUAUUGAAAGUGAUAUUGAAAAUCAACAACAAAAAGAACAUUUUAAAGAAUCUGAUGCUGGAGAUGGUACAACUACAAAUGAUCAAUACUUACAUGGUCUAAAAUUAGGUUUAUGUUUUUUCUCAUUAUUCUUAUGUUUAUUUUUGUUUGCAUUGGAUCAAACUAUUGUUGUUACAAUUUUAACUACUGUUGGUAAUCAAUUUGAUGCAUUUGAUAAAGUUGGUUGGUUGUCAUCUGGAUUUUUAUUAACAAUGGCUGUUUUUAUACAACCAUUUGGUAAAUUAUCAAUUAUAUUUGGUAGAAGAUGGGUAAUGGUAGCUGCAAUUAUUUUAUUUGAAGCAGGUUCUUUAAUGUGUGCAUUAGCUCCAACAAUGAAUGUUCUAAUUGGUGGUAGAGUUUUAGCUGGUAUUGGUGGUAGUGGUAUUCAAGGUUUAGUUUUUGUUAUUGUUUCAGAAGUAGUACCGAUUGAUAAAAGGCCAAUUGGAAUGGCAAUUAUAUCAGUUACAUUUGCAGUUGCAUCUGUAUUAGGACCAUUAAUUGGUGGUGCUUUUACUUCUCAUGCUACCUGGAGAUGGGCAUUUUAUAUUAAUUUACCAAUUGGUGGGUUUGCAUUAGUUGUAUUUUUAUAUUCAUUUAGACCACCAACUCCAAGAGGUAAUUACUUAAAACAAUUAAAAGAAUUUGAUUAUUUGGGUACAUGUUUAUUAAUUGCUGGUUGUGUUUUAUUAUUAUUAGCCAUUACUUUUGGUGCUGGUGAUUUUGCUUGGGAUUCAGCGGCAGUUAUUGUUAAUUUCAUAUUAGGUCCAGUUUUAUUGAUCUUAUUUUGUAUAUGGAAUUUUAGAUUUUCUAAAAAUCAAGUCAUUGCAACACCAAUAAUUAAGUCUCCACAAAUUGUUGCUUCUACAUUAUCAUUAUCAGGUGUAUUCACUGCAUUUAUUGUUUUCAUGAUUUAUGGUUCAAUUUAUUUCCAAGUUGUCAAAGAUGCAAGUGCAAUUGGUGCUGGUUUACAUUUAUUACCAUGUAUCAUUUCAGUUGUUUUAUCAUCAAUUUUUUCCGGUAUUAUGAUUCAAAAAUUCAAAUAUGUCAAACCUUUUAAUGUCGCAAGUGCAAUUAUAGCACCUAUUGGUUGUGGUUUAUUAUGUUUACUAGAUGUUGAUACAAGUUUCUCCAAACAAGUUGGUUAUUUAAUUUUGAUUGGUGUUGGAGCUGGUUUACAAAUGCAACCAGCUAUAAUUUCAGCCCAAAUCAAAGCACCGAAAUCACCAGGUGGUAUGAUUAUGACUACUGUUUUUAUUAACUUUUUUAGAUCAAUUACUUCUGCAUUAGGUGCUGAUCUAUCAGAUGCUGUUUAUCAAGCUUCAUUCAAUAAUAUUUUUAAAUCUUCAUUUAACAAAUUAACCAAUGAAUCUAUAAAAGCUGAAAUUGAAAAAGUUGAUAUUAAAGAUUUAUCAAGUUCAUCAAGUUUAAUUAGAUCAUUAUCACCAGAAGCUGAACAUUUUGUUAAAUCACAAAUUGUUAAAUCUAUAAGGAAUGUUUUUUAUAUGUGUCUUGGUUUUUCAAUAAUUACAGUAUUUGCUUGUGUAUUUAUCACAAAUCAAAAAUUACCGGAUAUGUCACAUUUAAAAGAUGAAAAGAAGAAAGAAGAUGAAAAGGAUAAAGUUAAAGAGGAUGUUGUGAAAAGUUCAAGUGAUGAACAACGUGAAAGAGUAAAUGAACCAGAAAUGGCAUCAUUGAAAAAGGAAGAGUGA